AUGACCAAGGCUCCUUUCUCCGUAGAAUGGCUCUCCCAGAGCAGCCGGCCCAGCAGCAGGCAUGCCCAGAGCAGGCCAGAAGCCAAAGAGAGCGGCCGGGCCCAGCAGGAUAAUCCUCCUCCGGCCAGGGAGAAGACCCAGAGUGAGGGUAUGCUGGUCGAGCCGCCUCCGGGGCCUCUCCCUUCGCUCCAGAAGAACAGGCCGCCUUUGCCUUCGUCGUCCACAGCUGCUUCCCAGAUGGUGUGGAGCACUACGGAGUGCGGGUCCGACGGCGAAGGAAACUUCUCCGAAUGCCAGAUUCCAGAGGACGGUGGAAGCCGAAACGCGAAUACUCGCCGUUUGCGCACUGCUUUCAGCUUGGAACAGAUCGGCACCCUGGAGAGCUCCUUCAAGCGGCACAAAUACUUGGGAGCGGCUGAAAGACGCAAAUUGGCCAGCAAAAUGCAACUCUCUGAAGUCCAGGUAAUGCGAGAAGCCCGUCGAAGAUUUGCAGGGAAAGUCUUCUAUUUCCAAGAAAUCAAGACGUGGUUCCAGAACCGACGGAUGAAACUGAAACGUCAACUGCAGGAGAUGAGGCCAGAACCAUCCUUCCAUGGCGUACCAUUUUAUGGUCACCUCCCUUUUGGACCUCAAAGUGGUCCCUUGUCCUAUGUUUAUUCACCACAUCAACAGACUUUCACCAGGAGGGAUUCUUCUGGCAUUCCUUUCCCUCCAGUGCCCCCUCCCAACUUGGAUCCCAGAAACACCUCUGGAGGACAGCCAGGUGCUAUCUGGCCAAUGCCUAUUCCCUAUUUUGUGGGAUACCAAGACCCAAGAACAGUGUUCAUGACGCUAUGA